GAUGACGAUGAUGAUGAUGAUGAUAUGAUGAAGGCCGAGAAAGCCAAAGUAUUCGGCAACACGCCGACUGCAUUUGAAGUCCAAGCUGCUGAAGAAGGCAGCGUCCAUGCUGGCGGCUGAGAGCGAAGCAAAGAAGCAGGAGAAACAGAGGGUGGUGAACGAGUGCUUCCCGCCGCUGCAGCUGUCAGGUCUCUCCGUGCAGGAGCUCCAGGAUCUUUGCAAAGAACUGCAUCAAAAGAUUGAUGUUAUUGAUGAAGCUCGUUACGACAUGGAGGUCAAGGUGGCCAAAAAUGAUCAAGAGAUCCAGUCGCUGAGUCAUAAGAUCGUUGAGCUGAAGGGAAUGAAGAGGCCGAGUCUGAAGCGGGUAAAGAAAACGGCUGACGACAUGCUGGGCGCGUACAGCGACACCUCCAAGCUGAUGAAGGCCGACUUCAAGGUCAACCUGAAAACGGUGAAGAAAGAGGACGAUAAGAGGGAGGAGGUGACCGACUGGCGCAAGAACGUGGAGGCCAUGUCUGGAAUGGAGGGCAGGAAGAAGCUGUUUGAUGCAGGACAAUAAGAAGAUGCUUUGUCUGAAGUCAACGCUUGAAAUGUUUCCAUUACAAAUGAUAUAAAACUGUUUCUGUACAGUAUAAUCAACUAUAUGCACCAAAAUACCUUCAAUUAAAGCUUGAAUCCUCACAUUAUAUAAAGUUCACUGAUGCCACUGAUUGUCCUGAAGGCACUACCAUAAACUGUAUAAUACACGGUUUGCAUGAAUAAAGAGGCAGAUGAGCUCAUGA